CAAAAGUUCAAAAAAUGAACAUUCACUUCGCGUGCUAGAGUCUCUGCUCCGGUAUUAUUAGCGGGUACUCGUUUUAUACAACCCCCGCCUUUUCUCGCUAGCCUUCCACUCCCAUAUAUACUCGCAUACAACCCCCCCCCCCCCCCCCCCACUCUCUCUCUCUCUCCACACACACACACGCUUAGUUUCGUAAUGUUCUACUCGCACCAACUGCUCGCUCGCAAAGCUCCGCUUGGUCAAAUAUGGAUGGCUGCAACUACACAUGCGAAGAUCAAUAAGAAGAAGCUACACAAACUCAAUAUCAUCCAAAUUUGUGAACAGAUUUUGAAUCCAUCAGUUCCAAUGGCUUUGAGACUUUCUGGAAUUCUCAUGGGGGGAGUUGUGAUUGUAUACGAACGAAAAGUGAAGCUUCUCUAUGAUGAUGUAACUCGUCUGCUGGUGGAAAUAAAUGAAGCAUGGAAAGUAAAAGGUGUACCUGAUCGGACUCUGCUUCCCAAGGGAAAAUCGCAGGCCAAGUAUGAAGCUGUUACUCUGCCAGAUAAUCAAGGUACGGAAGAGGUAGAAGAGAUUGAGCGGUCUCGACAUUUUUCCGAAUCUGCAACCAUGAUGGGCUUCCAACAACCUUCAUAUGUGUCCAUGCAUCUAGACAAUGUGGAUGUACCCUAUACUAGCAAUACUGUCAGGGAAGAUGGUCAAGCCCAGUACUACCAUCAAGUUGAUUUUGAUAAUAUCACUCUAUUUGAAGGUUUUGAUUAUUAUCAAGCUGAUACUGACCUCCACAAUCGAUUUGAAAGGUUUGACAUAGAAGAUGAUGCUGAUACACAAACAAAUUUCGCUCCAGAUGACCACACACAAAUUCCAGCUACCAUUAUUUCCUCCCCGCCUCGUCAAGAGGAGCCUAAAAAAGUGAAUGAAAAUCCCGAGAAACCUCUUAAUGACCAUGUCGACCAGCCUUUUGAAGAAGCAAAAGAAGUUACCCAGAUGGAUGAGGUUAAACAGAAGCAAGGGCCACCGCGAAAGAGAGCAAGAAGAACUGUACUUCCUGUCAUGGAUUAUGAACAAACUAUUAUUCCAGCGCAUAUAUACCAGUCUUGGCUUCAAAAUGCACCGGAUACAGUAUCAAAGAGAGGAAGGAAAAGAAAGUUUAUGGAUUCGACUCCUAUUAUGAAGAUCACUGACCUCAUGGACAUACCUCCUGUGGUACUAGUUUGUCGGCUGUUUGCAAAAGGAAAUAAACAAAUUUAUUACCCAGCAGCCCUAUUGGAACUAUGGAGGAGAUGCACCCAGCCGCCACAUGAUUCUCCUUCUGGAACUACUGCACCUCAGCCACCUGCAGCUUCUUCAUCUUCCCAUUCAGAAAGAUUGCACCAUCAGGAUCCAGAUGGAUUUCCUCAUGGCGAUUAUCACACUGGAGUCAGCUCCCAGCCCUCUGAAAUAUCCAUAGAGAAGCAAAGAAAUACUCUUGAAAACAAUGAGAUGCCGACGGAAAUACUAAUGGAAGAGCUAAGAAACAAUCUUAAGAAUUUUGGAAUUGGAGCAGCCAGUGCCAAUGGAGUGUCUGCAACCAAGGCUAGUGGAGUGUCUGCAACCAAGGCUAGUGGAGUGCCUGCAGCCAAGGCUAGCAUGAUUUCACCCAGUAAUUCUGGAGGGGAAGAAUUUGGAUCCAUCCCCAGCUCGGGUUCUGGACAUGCCUUUCCAACACAUAGCACAGAAGCCAAUACUAAAUGGUCCAACAAGAAAAGAUCAUACUCCUCAACUAGAAAUCUUGAAACUGUUGCAGAGGAGACCACAUGGCAGAAUCUUGAUCCAGAUUUCAAGUUAACUAGCACGCCAGAGAAUGGUUCGACACUUGAUAAUGAACUGAUGGUGGAAACAGGACCUACUCAGACUCAAAAAUAUCCUGUGGCUGAUCAACCCCUGGAUCAGAUUACUGAUGCUAUCCGGAGGCACCUGAAGAUACACUUUGAUACACCAGGAUGCCCAACAAUAGAAUCAGUGAACCAGCUAGCCUUUGGAAUGAAUAGGAAAAGAGCAGCAUGUUUCUUUCAUCAGAUAUGUGUUCUUGCUACUCUCGGUUGCAUUAGAAUUCAACAGAAGGUGCCUUACGGAGACAUAUUCAUUUCUCGGGGUGCCAAGAUGUGAAGGUUCGAAGAAACUCCUUAUAUUAUGUUUCCCACUAUGCUUUAUUUAAAUUUAGCAUUCUCGAGCCAUAGGUAUACUGUGAUUCAUUUAGAGCAUCACAUUGUGCAGCUUAGAUAUAUUGAGAUAAUGAGGUCUUUCUUUUGUGCUCAGAAGAUGAGUAGUUUUAUCUAUUAUUAUUUUGUUACGGAAACUUGUAGACAAUUUCUAUAACAUAUAAACCUUACCUGGUCUGGCUAUACUUCUGCCGUGGAAUGCUAAAAUUCAGUUAUCCAAGCUUCUUGACCAUUGUCA